AUGUCGAUUCGCAAAAUGGCUACUUUCACUUCCCUCCAGCAGUUCCUUGUCGGAGCCAGCCAGAGAUUCAAUGCAUCAGCCACUUCAAACAAUCCUGUCCAUCUAGUCGUGGGCAAUGAAUCCGCAGACCUCGACUCCUUCGCUUCAUCCAUCCUCUAUGCUUUCCUAGACACCAUAAUCAAGGCCCCUGAUACCCCCAAAACCCAACCAAUCGGUCAACCAGACAAAGACGUAACCGCCUUCUUCGAUCGUAUCUCAGUUCCCUCAAUCCCACUUCUCUCAAUCCCUCGUAACGAGGUAACCCUCCGUCCCGAACAUGCCUACCUAACCUCCCACCUCUCAUUCACUUUAAACGACAUGCCCACCCUUUCCGACCUUCCCUCAAGUCUUCACAAUUCGCACACUUCGAUUACAUUGGUAGACCAUAACGUCCUACAACCGCCUCUGGCACCACAUUUUUCGAACAGCAUAGAUUCAAUCAUCGACCACCAUGUCGACGAAAAUAUGUAUAAAAAAGCUGCACCACGUAUAAUUAAUCCAACUGGAUCGUGUGCCUCUCUAAUAACCAACCAUUUCCGAACACAUUAUGCAGCACAUUGGAAUAACCUCCCGGAGUCAAUACAUUCCGAAAUCGCACGACUGGCUUUGGCUCCCAUUUUAAUGGAUACUGCAAAUUUAAAAGCCGAAUCAAAGGUUACACCGAUAGAUAUCGUUCAAGUUACCGAAUUACUCGAACGUGCGGGUAAAGAAUUCGACAGGAAUGCAUUUUAUGACGGAUUACAAGCUGCCAAGGGCAAUAUCACAGGAUUAAGCAUCGACGGCCUUCUCAGAAAGGAUUACAAACAGUGGAAGGAGAAAAACGGCGUCGUUCUCGGAAUUAGCGCAAUUACUAGAUCACUAUCAUGGGUUGUAGAGAAAGCAGGUGGAAUUGAGAACUUUUCGGCAGAACUAGAAAAAUACGCAAAGGAUAGAGGACUUGAUAUUGCGAUUGUCAUGACGACAGACAAUAGCAAAGGUUUCAGACGGGAUUUGUUAAUAUGGGGUGCAAACGACCGGACCAAAGGAUUUGCACAGAGCUUCGAGGACAGUGUGAACGAGAAAUUCAGACUAGAGCGGUGGCCAAACGAGGAAGAUGGAGUGACGGCAAGCAUUGCCAUCGAGGGCAUGAAGGCUUGGACGCAGGCUUCCCUAGAUUUGAGUAGGAAGCAGGUGGCACCGGUGUUACGAGAGGUUGCUGGUAAACUUUGA